AUGGCCGCUGGAAAUCCCAUCAAGGAGCUCUGUGAUGAAGCUAUUUGUUCCAUCUGCUUGGAAUACUUCAAAGAUCCAAUCACUGUUAACUGUGGGCAUAAUUUCUGUCAAACCUGCUUCAUUCAGUGCUGGGAAGAAUCGAUCACAGGCACUUCCUGCCCUCACUGCAGAGAAACCAUCCAGCCAGGGAACUUCAAGCCAAACCGGCAACUGGCAAACUUUGUAGAACUUGCCAAGAAACUUCAGGAGGAGAAAAGAGCAGAAGGGAAGUGGGGAGUGUGCGAGAGGCACCAGGAGCCCCUGAAGCUGUUUUGUAAAGAUGACCAAGCCUUCAUCUGUGUUGUGUGUGACAGGUCCAUGGAGCAUCGAAAUCACAGUGCCAUUCCUAUGGAGGAGGCUUUCCUACUAUAUAAGAAAGAGAUCCAGGCUCAGCUGAAGUUUCUGGAACAAGAGAGAGAAAAUCUUAAGGAACAGAAAGUGGCAGAUGAGCAGAGAAGCCAGGCGUUUCUGAUGCAGUUACAAACAGAGAAAAAUAAGACCAAGUCAGUCUUUCAGCAAAUGCACAAGUACCUUGAGAAAGAAGAGCGGCUCAGGCUGUCCCAGCUGGAACAGAUGGAGGGAGAGAUGGAGAAGAGGGACAAAGAAAACCUUGCUAGAUUCUCAGAGGAAAUUUCCCACCUCAGUCACCUGAUCACAGAGAUGGAGAGGAAGGUCCAGCAACCAAAGGACAGAUUCCUACAGGAUCCCAAAACUCUAUCAAGCAGAUACGAGAAGAAGCCAGAGAGGCAGCUGGUGAAAUUGCCUUGGAUGCUGGAGGAGGCUCUCAGAAUUUAUUCUCAAAAAACUCCUGUUUUAGGAAAGGCUCUUAAAGAAUGUGAAGUGCGUCUGCAGCAAACGCUGGAUAAAGUCUUGCGCAAAGUGAAUGUAACUCUGGAUCGAAACACUGCACAUCCCCAACUUAUUGUGUCUUGGGAUAUGAAGAGUGUGAUAUGUGGAGACCGCUCAGUGAACUACCUGCUUGACAACCUUGAGAGAUUUGAUUCCUUGAAGAGUGUGUUGGGCCGAGAGAAAUUCACCUCAGGAAGACACUGGUGGGAAGUGGAAGUGGGAGAUGCACACGGAAAGUGGGCUGUUGGUGUUGCUAAAGAGUCUGUCAAGAGGAAGGGGAAAAUAAGGCUUAAUUCUGAUACGGGAUUUUGGGUUAUGAAGAAUCCAUGGAGCAACACUUCUUAUUCUUCAUAUCAACAGUCAUACCGUGUGCCCACCGUCCAGAUUCCUCCAAGGAAGAUCCGGGUGCUCCUGGACUAUGAAGAGGGUUGUGUAGAAUUUUUUGAUGCGACAAACCAAAGAAUCUCUGCUUUUUCUUCAGCCUCAUUCUCUGGGCAGAUAAUCCGUCCCUAUUUCUUGAUUGUGUAUGGGAACAAACUAAAGUGCUGA